CGCUAUUUGUUGCUUCACUUCUCUCAGCAGUGACACACACAGCGCAUAACGGUACGUGCUUUCUACUACGACAACGACAGCGAAGACGACAACGACGACGCGUCCAACGGCCACCCGCUCUCUUAACAAUCAAAUUGUUGCCUCUGCACGCGACUUAAGCUUGUCGAGUAUUUAUUUAUUUGUGUUGCCCAAAAAGGAAGGAAAGGAAGAAGAGGAAAAUAAAAGUUAAUAAUCAAAUCGCGCUAAUCAAUUUUUGUGAUCAAUUUUUUUUCUCGUGAAAACAGCAAACAGCAUCUGAAACGAAUUGAAAUCUGAAUUGUGCCAAAUUUGUUGAUCAAACAGAAAUAACCGGCACAGUGCGUAUGCUUAAUCAGUUGGCAAGUGCUUAAAAAUGCAACAAACAUCAAACGAAAUACCAGACAAAAGCCCGUUAUACAAUUACACGCAUCCAGACAAUCGAGUGUGAAGAAACUGCAUAAACUUUUCCGCUUUUCCGCACAAGGAAACAGACAAACAGCUAAAAUCUCUAGCUGAAGCGCCCAACACUUGAAGACAGCGUACAAAUCGUAUUCUCGCUCUAGCUAACCGAACGCCAGGAGCAAACACCAGCACCACAAAUGCAAGAUGAAUUCGGACCAAACAAUACAGAUGCCAUCUGGGCCGCCGCCUGCGUCGCAGAGAGUUACAUGCGGCGAGUACAGCGGGGACAGAGAGAGCUAUGGGGCAGCCACGAGUCUGGGAUAUGGCGGCAUCCCGACUACGUCAACCAGCAGUUACGGUUCUUUUGGCGUACUAUCCAAUUUAUCCAGCGUCGGGGCAGGAACGCCCACAUUGCCGCUGCUGCUGUCCACGCCGCCUUCAACAAGCACUUUCAAGACGACGACGAUCCCGAUGCCGACAUCGACGCCUUCAACUUCCCCUUUGAUCCCCAUCCAGACGCCCACGCCUACCAAUUUCAUCCCAAUUACGAUCACCUCGAUGACGAACCCGACUACGACUUCAUCAACGCUGCAGCCGCAGCAGCAGCAGCAGCAGCCGACGAACCCGACGACGAUGAUGCCCAUGUCGCUGACAUCCAUGUCGCUGACAACGCCGACCCAGUUGACGACCCAGAUGCCGACCCAGUUGCCGACCCAGUUGCCGACCCAGCUGCCGACCCAGCUGCCGACGCAGCUGCUGCCGAUGCCGACGCUGGAGGACAUUGAAGUGGCAACGCAGCAGCAACAGCAGCAGCCGCCGCAGCCGGCAACGCAACAGCCGCAGCCAGCAGGCAUACUUAAAUACCCAACAGCUUCGACCAUUGGCUAUGUCACCGAAUUAUUGCCACCCCCAGCCCCCACCCUGGCGACCAGCGCCAGCAGCUCCAUUAACAGCAAUUGCGGCACAUUGAAGAGCAAUGCCAAGCUGCUGCCCCUGCAGCUGGUAGCCAAUACAGUGCCCACACGCAAAGAGCCACCAUCGACGACGUCCGCUGGGCAGUCGCAGCAGCGUCCCCGGCGCCAGGGCUGGUGCGCCUGCUUCGGCUCUGGGCCCAGUGCAUCCGAGGCCAAGGCACCGCCUGGCUAUGCCACCAAAACCAAGAAGCGCAAGCAAACAGCUCAAACGGUUUGGUCCGCUCUGCUCACCAAUUUAGGCAUCUGCAUGCUGCUACUGGCCUACACUUUGCUCGGCUCCUUUAUAUUCCUAACCAUCGAGAACGAGGACUCGGCACUGCUGCAUCAACAGCAUACGCUGGCAUCCACCAAGCGCAACAGCCACAACAGCAACACCAAUGGGAACAGCAACGGCAUCUAUCAACAGCAAAGGUCGCCGCAGACGCAGACGCAGACGCAGUCACAGCACCAGCCACAGCAUCAACAGCAGCAGGGACCACACACGGACAAUGACACGGUGGCCGCUGCAGUUGCCCAGGGCCAGGAUCUGGGCCAUGGCAUCGAGCGUGGCGCGUACGGUCAGGCAUCGAAUGACUUUGUUUAUGGAUUGGAUGACAACGAUAUGGAUGGGGGGCAGGCGCAGUUUGCCCUAUCGCCGGACACUUAUGAUGUACGACAGCGCACCAUUGAGAAUAUCUGGGACAUAACCGUCUCUCUCAACAUACUCUACAAGGAGAACUGGACAAAAUUAGCCGCACUUGAAAUUGCCAAGUUUCAAGACCAAUUAAUCAAGAGACUGAACGAGGAUGUUAUGCUGCAAUUAUCACACGACGAUGUGGCUGCCGGACAUUCGAUUGCUGCUGCUGGUGGUGGUGGUGGUGGUGCUGCUGCUGGGGGUGGCACUGGUGGUUCAGCUGGUUCAGCCAACAAUCCAGCCACGGAAGCCGUGCUCCUUCACACACACUUUCAUCAUCAUCGCCUCGCCGGCGGCGUCGGCGUGGGUGGACCACCGCAUGAAUGGAAUUUCGCCAAAGCGUUUUUGUAUUCGCUGACCGUUUUGACCACAAUUGGCUAUGGCAACAUCGCACCACGUACAGCUCUGGGCAGGAUCGUGACGGUGGCAUAUGCCUUCUUCGGCAUACCUUUGACCCUUGUCUACCUGAGCAGCACGGGCAGCAUUCUGGCCAAGGUGGCGCGGGAGGUGUUCUCGAAGGCGCUGUGCUGCUGCCUGUGCUCGAACUGCGGCUACUGCUGCUACGACGAGAAGCGCAUGGCCGAGAAGGAGCGCCGCAUGAAGCGCAAGCGGCAGCAGGAGGAGCUGCGCAAGCAGCAGGCCGUCAUGCAGGAGCCGUACUACGUGCGCGACGUUUACCAUGCCACGCCCGAGAAGCAGGCGCCACCAGGCGCUGGCGCUGCGGCUACCUCAAGUGGCGGCACACCCACGGGCAUACCAGGCUUGGGCAUGCCCACAGCAGCGGCCACGGGCGGCGCCGACAUCGACUCGCUGAGCGCCAGCGAGUCGCGCGGCUCGAUGCACGGCCUGAGCAUAUUGGCGCCCAUCUUGCUCUGCUUCUCCAUGAUGAUCAUCUACAUAGUGUUUGGGGCCGCCGUGCUGUACCGCCUGGAGAACUGGCCAAUUGUCGACGGCAUCUAUUUCUGCUUCAUGAGCCUCUCGACCAUCGGCUUCGGCGACAUGCUGCCUGGGCUGCGGCGCGACUCGAAUGCCACCACCUGGUUCUGCUCGGUGUACAUCAUGUCCGGCAUGACGCUGACCGCCAUGUGCUUCAAUGUCAUCCACGAGGAGAUCGUCCAUCGCAUACGCAUUGUGGUCGAGUUCAAGAAGGCGGGUGCCGCGACCGCUGUCGGCGCCGGCGGCUCCAUGUUGGAUGUGUCGCACGAGGAUGGCAAUCAAUACUAUAUGCCCGCGUCCUGACACUAUGAGAAGCGUGGCCAUCUCUAUCAGCGCAAUCCCACCGAGGAGACACUGGUGACAGACACGCCCACUUCGCUGGUGCUGAAGGACUAUGUGAACCAUGAGCUGGUGCCCAUACUGACCAUGGAUCCGAACGGCUCGCGCCUGGGCCUGGCCCAGCCGGCGCCCGUCUAUGCCAACGCCUCGGAAAACACGCUCAGCAGUCCGCUGCUCGACGGACUCACAGCUGGCCAGGCGCAGAUCAAGCCCGGCGUCUACACGCUGGCCGAGGAAACGGAGCUCGAGCUGCAGGCCGUCCACACGGACACGCAAGUGGAACGCGUCUAGAGCCCCAGCCCCAACGGCAGUAGGUCGUUAGCGUUUAGGCUUAGUUCUUAGUCCUUAGCCAAGUCAGUUUAACGUGUACAAUUACCAAAACUAAUUUUUUUUUUGUGUGUGUGUGGGCCAUGCCCGGAUAAAUAACGAAAAACGAAAUGCCUAGCCCUAAGUUUGACUAUCAUUGUAUAUACGAAGGAUAUAUAGAGAAAGAGCAGGACAGAG